GGCCAAAUUUUUUUAGGAGGCUUAUUUCCAGCUCAUUUAGAUUACGAUCAAAGCAAACAAUCAUGUCAAAUAACCAGUAUUAGAGGGAUUGAGCAAGCUCUUGCCAUGAUCUAUGCUAUUGAAAAAGUCAAUAAUGCUACUCAGUUAUUGCCCAACAUUACAUUAGGUUAUCAUAUUCGUGAUACUUGCUCCAAUGUAAGACAUACCUUGAAAGAUAUUCUAAACUUUGUUCCAUAUACACAAGAUCUAGUCACUGGUAGUAUCGGUUACAACUUGCUGAAUAAAUAUGGCUGUAAUAUGAGUAGUAUUCGACUGGACCAGAACAACACCUUAGGCGUUGCUGCAGUUGUAGGCCCAUCAUCUAGCUCAACAACUUUACCAUCCACUAACGUCCUAGGUGUCUUCAGUAUUCCAGCCGUUACUUACGGUGCUACUUCGGGCAUCUUUAUCGACAGAAUACAGUAUGAUAAUUUAUUUCGUACUUUACCAUCAGAUCAUCAACAAGCUAGAGCGAUUGCCGAUUUAAUUUACGGAUUCGGUUGGACCUAUAUUGCAACAGUUACAGUCGAUGAUAUCUAUAGUCGUUUAUUUAUGGAUUUAAUACAAAGACGAUUACGCCUGAAGAGUAUUUGUGUUGCUAAAGACUUGUACUUUCCUCAGACCAAUAAUACACAGCGUAUACAAUCUAUCAUUAGCCAACUUGCCGAUCUAUCCAAUGUCUCGGCAAUCAUUUUAAUUGCUCAAGAAAAAGAAGCUCUAUCUGUAUUAAAAGAAGCAAAUAAUCAAGGUCUAACUGGUAAAAUAUGGAUUGGUACAGAAAGUUGGAGUGAUAGCGCAGAAUUAUUAAAGUUAUCACGAGAUAUUGUAGGAGGGUUACUUGGUGUAGUCCCUCGCAGUCAGCCAUCCGAUGAAUUUUAUCGCUAUUUUCAAAAUCAUUUAGCUCAAGGUGAUCAUCCAUCCUUAACACAAUUGGUAGAAGAAAAACUUGGUUGUCGCUUCGCACAGCAAACAUGCACGUUAGUACGAAGUAAUUACGACAAUCGGCCUCAAAAUUGUGGCAAAUCAGUCUACUUUGUUAACUCGGAAGGAAAUAAAGUUGAUUUCAUUAUUGAUGGAGUCAAUGCUAUCGCUGAAGCUUUACAUCAAUCAUUAAAUUGUACCUCAAGUUAUUGUCUACCUUUAAUUCAUUUGAAUCGUAAAGCGUAUCUCAAUACUUUACGUCAUAUCAAGAUUAAAAAUUCUCAAGGAAAUAUGUUAUCGUUUAACGAUAAUGGCGAGAUCACUAGGAACUAUUCUAUCAUUAAUCUUCAAUUUGAUGAAAAUAACCCCAAUUGCGGCUACUUUGCUUCGGUUGGAGAUUGGUACAAUAACAAAUUAAACCUCCAUUACCAAGCUGUGCGCUUUCAAAACGGUACAGCAACAAAUAUUCCUUCAUCUCGAUGUAGCUUUGAAUGUCAAUUAGGCUAUCGCCGAGUUAGACCGGAUAGUCAGUCUUGCUGUUGGCAAUGUGCAAAAUGCGGCGAUGGAGAAGUAUCGAAUGGCACCACUGUCUAUUGCCAAGCUUGCGGACUUUGCGAACAACCAGUAGCAAAUCGAUCUUAUUGUGUGGCUAUACCCAUAACUCGAGUAUCGUGGGAUCAUCCAGUUAGUAUCGCCAUUCUUGUUGGCGUAUUUUUAAUCGCCCUUUUGACCACCUUUGUCGCUUGCAUUUUCUUGAGAUAUCGCGAUACACCGAUUGUCAAAGCUUCAAAUCGAUUAUUAUCCACUCUCCAUAUAAUCAGUGUCUACUAUAUAUUAGCAGUUGCUCCAGCAUUUGUCUAUGAUCCUAACGAUGUGGUCUGUGAGGUUCAAUUUGUGAUUUUUGCGACAUCAAUUACCUUUUGUAUGGCAAUUCUGUUGACUAAAACCAAUUCGGUGUCUAAAAUAUUUCAAGUCCGCUUAAGGAGUCGUACACCUUUUGGUAAAUCGAAAAAUCGUGAAAGUUAUAUGCAAUUAUUAUUCAUCUUUGGAAUUACAUCAGUUUCAGUCAUUAUUGUUAUUGUUGGUAGUAUCCUUGAUAUACCAAGGCUUCGAGAUAAAAUUUGCAAGGGUAAAGAAGCGUUCUCACGUUGUGAAAGUGACACACAUUUAGGCAUUACCUUUUCUGCAGUCUAUUUUUGCUUGUUAGGCACAAUUUGUUCAUUUCUAGCAUGGAGAACAAGGAAUCUACCAAAUAAUUUCAAUGAAGCUAAAUACAUUUGCUUCUGUUCUAUCUGUAUGUGGAUGAUAUGUAUAUUGACUAUUCCUGGUUAUUAUGGUACUGAUGGCGUUUUACGAGCAGUAUUCUCCUCAUUGGGUAUAGCCUGCUUUGCUUUAUGCGUUUUGGUAUUCCUCUUCUUACCCAAAGUCUAUACUAUUCUUUUCAAGCCUGAAUUAAACACCAAGGAGCAUUGCAUGAGAAGUAUAUCACAGUAUACAUUUCGUAAAGCAAGUACAGCUCCAAUUCGUGGAGCUCCAGCAGGACGUAUCUCCGAUGCUGGUAUCCAUACUCCAAAUGGCUCUGCACCAUCAUCU